GCCUUUAGAAUUAGUUUUGACCCGGAAGUGAUUAUCCGCGGUACGGAUUACGCGAAAAAUAUUUUCAAUGACAAUAGAACAUGUGUUUAUGAACAUUUUAACAGCUUUUUUUGCGUAAAUCAUUUACAGAGAAAUGGCUUCUCCGAACCAUAGCCCGGGUGUAGAAGGGGCCGUCAGGGUAGCGGCUUCGCCAGCAGGUAAAACUCAGACGUUGGUGUUGGUUUCUAGCCUGGCCGGGCUCCGCGGUAAGAAGAGACCUGCUAACACCGCCACCUCUGCUGCUGUACUGGCCAGUGGGAACAACGGCAAGAAGAAGAAAUUUCAGGCCAUCGCAAACCAGACACAGGCACAGGUGACUGCAGUGGAGGCGGUGUCUGAGGGGAAGGCAGUGGGUGUGUCUGACGCUGUAGGUCCAGCCACAACGGAACCAGCAGCCAAACCCCUGCCCUUCAAAGACCCGAUAUUUGUGCAUUCAGGGAUAGGGGGAGCUGCAGCAGGAAAAAAGAACCGGACCUGGAAAAACCUGAAACAGAUCCUGGCAGUGGAACGGACUCUACCCUGGAAGAUCAAUGACCCCAAUUACUACAGCAUCGAUGCCCCUCCCUCCCUGAAGCCAGCCAAGAAAUACUCAGACAUCUCUGGACUCCCUGCGAACUACACUGACCCCCAGACCAAGCUGAGGUUCACGUCAUCUGAGGAGUUCUCCUUCCUGCGCCUGCUCCCCACUGACGCCGUCACCGGUUACCUGGCGCUACGCAAGGCCACCUGCAUUGUACCCUGACCGCAAGGCCUGCUGGGAGAUGGGAGUUCAGCCAGUGUCUGUCCUGGCCUGGGAGGGACAUUGACCAUUAGGGGGAACAAUGCAACAUUGACCUUUGAUCAGUUUCCACUGUCUAGGAGGUGUCUGAGACUCUCGGGGAGAGGGACCAACAGGGACCGUUACAGAGAGGGGGACCCAAGGACACCUUGGGCCCCCUUUCGACAACAAGUGCCUCUAGUGUCGAGAGACUGUAUCAUUCCCAAUCUGGCUGACGUCAUGAUGGGGAUGUCUGCACAGACCUUUUGAUUUGGCUACUGUCUACACAGAUCUUAUGAUUUGGCUACUGUCUACACAGAUCUGAGUUGGCUACUGUCUACACAGAUCUUAUGAGUUGGCUACUGUCUACACAGAUCUUAUGAGUUGGCUACUGUCUACACAGAUCUUAUGAGUUGGCUACUGUCUACACAGAUCUUAUGAGUUGGCUACUGUCUACACAGAUCUUAUGAGUUGGCUACUGUCUACA